CUAAUCAUAUGAUCACUUUUCACAUGACCGAUGGUCAAUCGUCAUCCCUCAAUUCUUGUCGUUUUAUGACAAAUUUUGGACUAAAACUAUACUUUUAGUCCCCAUACGUCCACUAGUAGUAGUUAAAAAAUCCAUUGAUAAUGGCGUACUGCCGAUUAGUGUUCCCUUUAUUAGUGCUAAGUGUGGUCCAGAGUUACGCCUCAUCCGUGCCUGUAUUUCUAUGGGGCGAUUUGUCUAAAACAUCAUUGAAAUCUAACCCUCUCGCCGCUGUCUCCGAAAAGGAAUUCGAGGAUGUAUUAAAAGAGGAGCUUUCAGGUGACCCUUUCACUGUUAUAUUUAUAGAGGAGACGCUAUCUGUUGAAGAUUUUUCAAGUAAAACCUUAGAUGGUGAAGUUCCGUUGAAAUAUUUGCGGUCUAACCUUGGAGAUUCUUAUUAUUUACCUUCUGUAUCGAAUGCUCUUGAAGCUUUAAACAGUUUCGCGGACGUGGAAAAAGAGAAUCAUGUUAAAUUGACCGAGAAUGGUUUAUCGGCGGAGAUCGAGCCUGAAGGUGGUAAAUUCCUAUUCAUCGAGCUUAAGGAUGCCAACGAGAAGGAUACGAGAGCGGAGUUGUUGCGUAGACACAAUGAUGUUAUGGAGGAUAUGUUCGCCAAGUUACACAACCGUUAUGAAAAAGUUGUGGCAAUAUACACCGCAAGGAACCCCUCAUGGACUGUAUCGGAGAGUCACCGCGUACGUCGUCAGGCAACGGAAGACAACAAGGUGUACAGGUUAGAUGGACUCCUGUUAUACGUGGAGGAUCUGAUGCUAACGGAAUUAAAUAAGACAAUCCAUUUGGACAACCUUGAGAGCAGCACCAGUACAUUUAAUGACACAAGCAACACUAUGACCACCAGCAUGAAGUUUGGUGCAGAUGAAAUCCAGCUUAACUUUGUACACAAGAAUGGUUAUUGGACAUUUGAGAAUGUUGUGCUAACCAGACCAUCAACAAUCGAAGUUUUGUACCCGGAGCUAGAAGUCUACUCGUUAUCUGAAUGGUCAUACAGAUGCGCUGAAAAUGUCACAUUUGCCAGUGUCAAUGGCACAAUCAACUAUGCAGUCACCUUCAGAGAUAUGCAGGUGCAACCGUUCUUCAAGACAACGAACGCAUCGGAUCUGGUCUUCGGCGAUACCUUCAACUGCAUCGGUUUCUUCUCCGUGCCGAUCUGGUCAGGUCUGUUCGUGGUGUUCAUAUUCCUCGCGAUCACCUUCUACGGCAUCAUGAUGAUGUUGGAUAUCCGUACGAUGGAUCGCUUUGAUGAUCCCAAAGGGAAGACGAUCACUAUCAAUGCCGCUGAGUAAAUUUACCAAGCAGUGUGACCAUAACAAAAAAUACUACUAAAAUAUUACCAU